CUCGCGCUAUCGACGCGCGCGGUCGUGUGCUCAAUAUAUACAGGUUUUUUGUGACAAAAUUGGACUUUACCCCGUUAAAAUUACCGGAAUUGAAAUAAGAAUAUCGUGAAAAUCACAAAAUGGCUGACCCAUCGCAAGUUCGUUCGUUUUACGCGGGCAAAAACUUUUUUAUUACUGGAGGAACUGGAUUCGUUGGAUUGUGUUUAAUUGAGAAAAUUUUAAGAUGUAUACCAGAUUCUGGUAAGAUUUACUUGCUAAUGAGACCUAAGAAAGGCAAAGAAAUAGCCGACAGACUGCAAGAAUUUCCCAAAAACCCGGUCUUCGAAAAACUCCUAGAAAGUAACUCGACAGAUGUAUUCAAUAAAUUAAUCCCCAUAGCUGGUGAUGUAGGUGAAGAGAAUCUAGGAAUGAGUCCCCAAGACCGUCAGACUAUCAUUAAUAAUGUCAAUGUGGUGAUUCAUUCCGCUGCUACCCUGGACUUUCAAGAGAACUUGAGACCAACAGUCAAUAUUAAUUUACUUGGAACUAGGAGAGUUAUGCAGCUGUGUAAGGAUGCUAAGAAUUUAAAGGUGAUGAUCCACGUAUCUUCAGCAUACGUAAACUCCUACUUGACUGAGGCUCAUGAGAAAAUCUAUGAAGCACCAGAGGAUCCUGAGAAGGUGAUUUCUUUAGUCGGAACCCUGAAUGAUGAGGCUUUACUUGAAAUUGAACCUAAGCUCCUGAAAAGUCAUCCCAAUACCUACACUUUUACGAAGCAUUUAGCUGAGCACGAAGUUGUCAAGUGUGCUGACCUGUUCCCCUGCACGAUUGUAAGACCUACUAUGAUUGUUGCAUCAUGGAAAGAACCGAUACCUGGAUGGACUUGCUCCAAAGUUGGGCCUCAAGGUUUUCUGAUGGGAGCUGCUAAAGGUGUUGUCCGUCGCCUUCCGCUUGCUAAGGAGAACGUAGCAGAUUAUAUUCCGGUUGAUGUAGUAGUCAACCAGCUAUUGGUCGCCGGUUGGGAAGCUGCCAACUCAAGCUCCGGACUAACAGUGUACCAUUGCUCAUCGUCCACCUGCCACCCCUUCACGUGGACUAUGCUAGAUGAUACUGUCAACGGCAUGCUGCAUAAAUACCCAUUGAAGAGUGCUGUCUGGUACCCCCACUUAAAAUUCGUCCCCUCACUCUUGAUGUUCAGGAUUUCAGCUAUAUUCGUGCAUUUCUUCCCGGCUCUAUUAUUGGAUUUGAUGCUUAGAAUGACCGGGGGACGACCCAUAUUGAUUCGUCUACACAAGAACGUAUGGAAUUCUCUCAACCGAUUGGAGCGCUUUAUAUUCAGCGAAUGGAAGUUCCACAACCCUAAUACACUGGAAUUGGCAACUAAAUUGAACCAGACUGAUAAGGAACUGUUCUUUAUCGAUAUUUCCAAGUUAUAUUGGGUAGAAUACUUCAAGACUCUACACUUGGGUGUGAGAAGAUACCUGAAUAAGGAAAAGGAAUCCACCCUACCGGCCGCUCGGAAGAAGGACAUGGUCCUACUCCUCUUCCACGUGAUGUGGCAGCUCUUCAUUAUGGGGCUGGUCUGGUACAUCUUCGCCUGCGCCACCGGCCUGACCCUAGCCCACAGCGCUUGGGUAGCACCCAUUAUAUACAUUCUCUUCACAUUCCUAUAAACUUACUGAUAAUUGUGGCCUAAUAUUACAUUAUAGUACAAGGCCCGUCAGGCGAGGGUCUUAAGGAGCCGAGGACUGUAAUCAUCAAUACACACGUGUAUCAAACGACGUUUUUCAACACACUUCCUAAUGAAAUAAUACUUAAAUAAAAAACUUCAAAAGUGAUACCUAACGAGACGAGUUUUGAAAACGUUUCGUAAUGGCGGUAAAAUAUGCGCGCGCAUCGGCCAUAGACUAAAAAACAAAACAAGGAUUUUGGAAAUCGGUUCUUAAAUAAUGAGGAGUAAUUAAUGAAUGAACAUACAAAAAAAAAACAGCCGAACAUAGUACCUCCUCCUUUUUUUGAAGUCGGUAAAAAUGAUAGCAUUUUAGCGCAAAUGCAAGAUUAACUCAACUAAUAAUAUAUAAAAAAAAAUUUUUUUACUCACUCGUGAAUAAUAGUAAUGAAAAAGUCACAGUUUGAUUAUAGGUGUCAUUACGUGCCUAAUUGCCGUGGGAUUAGAGCCACUUUAUGAGGAAGUGUGUUGAAAAAAUUAUUAUUUUGAUAUUCUUCUUGAUUAUAUUGUUAAUCUUCUGACUAUUCUUAUAAAAAACAAUUAUUUUUUUCUCAUUUGAGAAUAUUAUAUUAAGUAUUAUUUUAAGUACUUAAGUAUAUUUAAGUAAUAUUUUCUUGAUAAUAGAUAUUUUGUAUUUUUAUUCUAAUAGGUCUUUACCGAUGAAAUUGUUCCGUUCUGCAGUACUGGCCAUUGCAAAUCAAAAUAGUUUUUGUUUGGCUAAGGCUAAUUAAUUUUGUUUUAAAAACAUGGGAUUCUUUUUCCAAAAGUAGUCAUUUGUUUAUUGAUUAGUGUUACAUUUAAAUCACAUUUUAAAAUUAAAAAAAUCGUUUAAAUUUUUUCAUGCAAAACGGCAAUUUCAUAGGUAAAGACCUAUUAUUACAUAGCAACCAAGUAUUAUACAAAAUUUAUAAUUAUAAUAUUGAUAGAACUCCAAUGUGAAUCUCUUCUUUUUUAUGUAGAAUAAACUUAUAACAAUUAGGUACAAUUGUUUUUAUUGCUUUCUGAUUUUUUAAACUUAUAAUAAUUAUUUUUUGUAGUGUAUACUUAUAUAGUUUGAUAGAGUUUUUUUUGAUUUGUAUUGUAAUCUUAGCUUACUCAAAUUCACGCAAAGACUCGAAUUACUUAAU